AUAUGGAGGAGCGCGUUGCGCGCGCUGUCUGCCAAUAAUAAGCAUACAUACAUUCAUCGGCGAAUAGAAACCACAGAUAGGAAGGAAAAACAACGAUGACUUAGCCACUGGUCGCAGCAGAAGACACUUUUAGAUCAUAAUACUGCAGAACAAUUCGCCAACGAUUGCAUGCAUGCAAUCUGUUGCAACGAUCAUAUGAAGAUUCAAUGCAACUAAAGUAAUGGAAAAAUUUUAUCAUGUCGGUAGCAAACGACGAAUCAAUAACAACCUCGCCUGCUUUGUGUAUUAAUUUCUCUACGGGCAAGAAUAUGAAUGUUUUAUUCUAUAUUUUACGUACACGUUCAAAAGAUAUAUAUUUUUAAUGUAUUCACUUUAUUCAGAAACAUAGUGAUUACCUCCGCAAAAAUGAAUAGCACUAAUACGGAAGAAGUUGAUCCCAUUGACAGUUUAUAUCUAGCACUAGCACAAUGUUUUGGAAUUAUAGUUUGUGGGUACAUUGCUGGAAGAUUAGAAGUUUUAACUAAAUUGGAAGCUAAUGGCUUGAAUACUUUUAUCGGUACAUUUUCAUUACCUGCAUUGAUAUUUUUAUCAAUGGCCCGACUAGAUUUUUCUACAGUUAACUGGAGGUUUUUACUAGCGGUUUUAAUUGCUAAAAGUGUUGUUUUUUUCGUUGUACUAAUUGUAACAUUAAUAAGUACAAAACCAGCCAAUCUUGGAAGAGCUGCUCUCUUUUCUAUUUUUACAACACAAAGUAAUGACUUUGCUAUUGGAUAUCCUAUGAUUCAAGCUAUGUAUGGCUCAGCACAUCCUGAAUAUUCCGCAUAUCUGUAUUUACUUGCCCCAAUUUCUCUUAUAAUUUUAAAUCCAAUUGGUUUUGUGUUUUUGGAAAUUGACAAACGUAAACAAAGGGCUAUAAAUCACCCAGAACCCUCAAACUUGAGCAUGUUCAAAGAUAUUGCCAAAGGAAUAGCACUCAAUCCUGUAUUGUUGAUGACUGUUUUAGGAAUAUUAGGAAAUAUUAUAUUCAAGCACAAUUUGCCAGCUUUAAUUCAAGUGAUACUAGAAGUUUUUGGAAAUGCAUUCUCAGCUACAGCAUUAUUUUUAUUAGGUCUUAUGAUGGUUGGGAAAAUACACAAGCUGAAAGGUCCUGCCCUUGUACUUCCCGGAAUCAUCAUAUCUUUAAAACUUUUAGUCCUUCCACUUAUCAUACGAGAAGCAGUAGUAUUUUUAAAUGCUGGAGAAAAUACCUCUGAAACAUCAGAACUCAGUACAUUUGGAUUCAUCUAUGGCACAAUUCCAACAGCUCCAGCUUUAUUUAUUUUUACACUUCGUUACAACAUUGAUAUAGAUUUAAUUGCAUCAGCUAUGGUUGUUUGUACCUUUUUAUCAGCACCUUUGAUGUUUGUAUCAGCUAAAUUAGUUAAUGCUAUUAGUAAUGGAAUAUCACCAUCUGAUUAUGCCAAAGAAAUAAGAGCUUUUUCUUUAGAUACUAGUGCAGCAUCUGUUGCUGCUUGUAUUUGGCUAUUAAUAUGUUUCAUAGGUUUUUCAAGAAAAUAUCUAAAAAGUAUGACUCAUAAUUGCACCCUAUGUUUAAUAAUUGCUCAGUUGAUAACUGGUAUAGGUGUUAUCAUUUGGGUGAAAAUCGAUGAUAAUAAUACAUCUACUCUUUUGUGGUAUGUACAACUUACUUUGAUUACACUUGGAGUUUAUGCAAGUCGUUUUUGGACAGCAGCUAUUGCACUGACUCUGUUAUUUAUGAGCUCCCAAAAUGUUCCUUUCGUAGAUAAUUUAAAAAAGUGGUUUUACAUUGUAUGCUGGGGAAUUCCAUUCAUUAUAAUUUGCAUCAUGUGUUUGACAAUAACACCAAUGCCUCCAACAAAAACUGAUCUUAGGAAUCCCAAUUUUCAAUUUGGAAGGAUUCAUGUUGCAGUAUCAAUUUGCAUUUUACUUUUUUGCUUCUUUGUAACUGUUGGCUGUUUAAUUCUACGGCAAAGGUACCAAAGAAGAAGUAUCAAUUCUUUACCGCACAAUAAUCUAAUUUCGGCUGCGUCAGAAACCGAAAUUACAACGGCUCCAUCUAUUGUAGAUGUUGAAGAUCUUGCAUCUCCGAGAAAUGCAAGUGAUUUAUCAGGAAUUACUUUGGGAAAUGGUUGUACAACCUGUUUAGGUACAGUCGAAGAAAAUCACAAUUGUUCUAGAGAAUGUGCAACGGAAGACGAAAAUUCUGAUGAAUCACAAGAUCCUCAAACUUUGCGGCAUCUAAUUCUUCUUAUUUUACUGACAUGUUCUAUGUUUAUUGGACUUGCAAUGUCAGUAGCUACGUUGAUAAUGGAACAAAUGACCGGUAUUUACACCGAGUUAGCCUUCUUAGACAUUGCUUUGAAUUUUGGUCAAUCCUUAAUAGCUUUUGCUAUUUUUGGAUUAGAUUCUGGUUUAGGAAAAUUAAUGUGCUGGUUGCGCUGUAUAUUGAGAAAAUGGAGAUUAGAAAAAGAACUACAACUUCCAGAUGAAGAUUUGCUCAGUCCCGAGGCCAAAGCUUUCCGCGAACAGUUUCGAAGGUGCUAUUUAGCCAAGUGCCGUACUCGUAUUGCAGCCUGCAGGCGCCACAUGUUACGUACGUAUAGUGGGUCAUUCACUGGUACUGACCUUUGCGAUUGGCUACUAGAAGCUGGAAUAGCCAGAGACCGGGAUGAAGCUGUUCGCCAUGGCAGAUGUCUGUUGGAUACCAGAGUUCUAUAUCAUGUAGAUCGUACACAGCAUUUUCAUGAUAGAAAUUUACUUUACACUUUUAGUGGUUAAAUUUUAGUAUGUUUUUAAGGAAAAUGUAGCAAAAUUUGAACUGGAAAAAGUAUAGUAAUGUGUGAGCAACCUUAGUUGAUUGCUACAUUAAUAUUUUUUCUUUUAUGUGAUACUAUUAUUAAAUUUUGUCUAUGAAGCUGAUUUUUUUUCAACAAAACUCUAGUGAAAAGUAAAAUACUAUAACAGUUUUUCUUAUGAAUAACAUUUUCCAUGUUUCACCAGAAAAGAAAAUACUACUAAUGUAAAUUUGAAAUAGGGAAGAAUAAUUUCAAACAGACGUUUUUAUUUAUUCCAUUA